GUUCAGAAGAUGUCGCUGGUGCAAAAUGCUGCAGAGAGAAUUCCAGGUGACACAGUGAGUUGAAGCCACAUCACACCAAUUCUCUGUGUUCUGUACUGGGUGCCAAAAUGCUUCUGGGCUCAUUGUAACUUUUUAGCACCCCUCAUUUUUGGAAUUCGACCGUUGAAAAAUGCAACACACCUUAUUGCUAUAUGUAUCUGUAAUUUUAUUUGUUUUAUUGUUUUAGUAUUGUAAACGGCUCCGUGAUUUUCAUAUGAAGGGUGGUAUACAAAUGAACUGAAUAAUAUUAUUUCACCCUUCUUCCAAAGUCUGAGAUGUCAUACAUGGAUUUCCUCCCCUUGACCUGGAUUUUACACUUACAAACAACAGUGUUAAGUUAUUUUGACAUAAUGGCUUGCCUAAGAACACUCAGUGAGCUUACCAGAUAAUUGAAUCUGGAUCUUGGAUCAGCGUCCCAGCAGGCUAUCCAUUACAUUACCCUGCCAUUGUGGCAUCUGCCAGUCCUAGAACAUCACCAGGGGGACAGGAGAGGAAAGGCGGCAGUGCUUUGUGUCUAGCAGGGUGGAGAAGGGGAGCAGUGCAACAUGGUGAGCUGGUAGUGGGUGACCUCAUUAUACCCUUUGUAUAAUAUAACGCACUAGUGUACACUGUUUCAGAUAGGAACUCUUCUGUAAUUUUCUUUCUUUAGAGAUAGAAUCACCCACUCUAUUUAUAGCUUGGCUGUUUAGUACCAGAAAUGUUAUCUGCUCUUUCCAACAUAUUAGGUGUACUCUGUCUGGUGGUGUCUUAACCUGAAACUGUUCUUAACCUGAGGUACCACUUUAGCUAAUGGGGCUGCCGCGCCACCACCGCGCAAUUUCUGUUCUCAUCCUGAAGCAAAGUUCUUAACCCGAGGUACUAUUACUGGGUUAGCGGAGUCUGUAACCUGAAGUGUAUGUAACCCGAGGUACCACUGUAUUAGUAAGUACAGGAAUCACAGGGAAACAGACUGUGCAGAGUAUUUUUUUUUUACCCCACCUCCAAUCCAAUCACUUUAUGCUACAGAAAAAUUACUCCAGUGUUUCUCAAACUUGGGUCUCAAGCUGUUCUUGGAUUACAGUUUCCAUCAGCCCUGACCACUGGUCCUGCUAGCUAGGGAUGAUGGCAGUUGUAGUCCAACAACAGCUGGUGACCCAAGUUUGAGAGAAACUACUCUAGAUGUUAAGGGAUGCGGGUGGUGUGUGGGUUAAACCACAGAGCCUAGGACUUGCCGAUCAGAAGGUCGGAGGUUCGAAUCCCCGUGACGGGGUGAGUUCCCAUUGCUCGGUCCCAGCUCCUGCCAACCUAGCAGUUCAAAAGCAUGUCAAAGUGCAAGUAGAUAAAUAGGUACCGCUCCAGCGGGAAGGUAAACGGCUUUUCCAUGCGCUGCUCUGGUUCGCCAGAAGCGGCUUAGUCAUGCUGGCCACAUGACCCAGAAGCUGUACGCCGGCUCCCUCGGCCAGUAAAGCGAGAUGAGUGCCACAACCCCAGAGUCGGCCACGACUGGACCCUUUACCUUUACCUUAUUCUAGAUGUUUAGGCAGCAGACAGAAAGCGUGAACUAUAAUUUUGACUAGAAAUAAUUAUCACAUCGCUUUUGAAAGGGCAACCUGUGAUUUCCAAACAUAUGCGAUGGUAAUGACUGUGUGAGAGGGUAACAUUCUGGAACUAAGUGAACACUGGCAGCAUGUUUCUGAUGGUAGCGAAACUGAAGAGGAUUGAACUACUGAAACUCUUGUUGUUUUGUGUACAUAUGUCGUGAUUCUCAGAACUGCCAGACUCAUGGGUGACUUAAAUUGGAUUGGAUGCAGACCAGAUUGGUUGAACUUGGUUCAAACUGAAAUCAAUGGGACAAGCUACUAUUGAUUUCAAGUCCCAUUGAUUUCGGUUUGAGUUAAGUUCAGCUAACUUACCUUGAAUCCAGCCCAUAGCAUCUUAAUAGUGUAUAUUACACUCUUUAAUGUAUCUGUUUGGGCAGUGCAGGAUUGACUCAUUGUUUUACAAGAAUGAAUUGAAAUGUUAGCAAGUUCACAUUCAUUAGAGUUUGUGUCUCCUUUGAGUUUAUAGAUCACGUAAGAAAUUCUGCAGAUACUACAUUCUUCUAAAAUGUAGUAGGCUUUGUUUCAGAUUCUCACUAUCUUGCUACCUCCUAGUAAAAUUGGUUUGGGUGCCAGAUUGCAGUGUCUGUCACAAUAUCAUGGUAAAGUAAGAGGAAGGAUUAUGUGCAUAUGCACAAGAUUGUGGACUUCGUUGCAGCUGCUGAAAGAGGCUUGUCUUUUUUUCGUGGUUUAUCUAGUAAAAAUAUUUGUUCAAAAUGUUCCUGCCUUGUAAUAGAGAUAUUUUGCUUCCAUCUGACUGGGACACUCACCAGUCUCCUGAACAUUUGCAUGUAGUGGAGGCAAUGGGUGCAGGAUCCCCCCAAUCACACAUAUGCCCUUGGGUGAUAUACUAUUGACUCCCAAUUAUUAUCCCCACUCCUUUGAGGGAGAAAUAGCCCUACCCCAGCAACACAUCUUAGACAGGGAUGUUGAUUACAGUGACUGUUUCCUUGAACCAGAAGUUGUCUUUAACUUUUUUUGAAACCCUUAAUGUCUCUCUUAUAUUUCUUGAUGUCUCUCUUAUAUUUCUCUUGCCCUGUGAAUUAAGAUGACACAGUUAUGUUCUUUAGCAGACUGUCGUCUGAGAGAAAAUGUUCCACCUGAAAUAAGGCCUCUUUGAGGGUGGAGCUUUCAUUGUGAAAUCUUCCUAUCGUAGCACCAUGGUGGAUUUCAUAUAUAUAUGCUGGUGUAAAUUUUUUAAUGAUGUUUAAUUGUUGUCUCCUUGACAAUAAACCUGAAAAACUACUAGUUUCAAAAAUAUAAGCCUUUUUACAGUACUAGCCUUGUGGGGGCCAGCAGCAAGGGGUGGAGAGCUCAGACAGGUUCCUUUCUAGCCAAUUUCAUUGAAGCUUGUGAGUUCUUCGUUUUCUUUGACAUCUUCAGUGGUGGUUGACGGGGCAGUGAUUUCAAUGUAACUUCAUUAUAUACAUUCAGAUCUGCUUUCCUCUUCCUGGUUCAUUGGAUUCUGGGUCUUUGGUAUUGGGUGUGUGGGUGUGGGUGUGUUUGUGUUUGUGUUUGUGUUUACAGGUUCAUACUGUGUGGGACACAGGCUGGAAAUAGCAGUACAGUGGUACCUCGGGUUAAGUACUUAAUUCCGGAGGUCUGUUCUUAACCUGAAACUGUUCUUAACCUAGAAUCAUAGAAUCAUAGAAUCAUAGAGCUGGAAGAGACCACAAGGGCCAUCGAGUCCAACCCCCUGCCAAGCAGGAAACACCAUCAGAGCACUCCUGACAUAUGGUUGUCAAGCCUCUGCUUAAAGACCUCCAAAGAAGGAGACUCCACCACACUCCUUGGCAGCAAAUUCCACUGUCAAACAGCUCUUACUGUCAGGAAGUUCUUCCUAAUGUUUAGGUGGAAUCUUCUUUCUUGUAGUUUGGAUCCAUUGCUCCGUGUCCGCUUCUCUGGAGCAGCAGAAAACAACCUUUCUCCCUCCUCUAUGUGACAUCCUUUUAUAUAUUUGAACAUGGCUAUCAUAUCACCCCUUAACCUCCUCUUCUCCAGGCUAAACAUGCCCAGCUCCCUUAGCCGUUCCUCAUAAGGCAUCGUUUCCAGGCCUUGGACCAUUUUGGUUGCCCUCCUCUGGACACGUUCCAGUUUGUCAGUGUCCUUCUUGAACUGUGGUGCCCAGAACUGGACACAGUACUCCAGGUGAGGUCUGACCAGAGCAGAAUACAGUGGCACUAUUACUUCCCUUGAUCUAGAUGCUAUACUCCUAUUGAUGCAGCCCAGAAUUGCAUUGGCUUUUUAGCUGCCGCGUCACACUGUUGGCUCAUGUCAAGUUUGUGGUCAACCAAGACUCCUAGAUCCUUUUCACAUGUACUGCUCUCAAGCCAGGUGUCCCCCAUCUUGUAUUUGUGCCUCUCAUUUUUUUUGCCCAAGUGCAAUACUUUACAUUUCUCCCUGUUAAAAUUCAUCUUGUUUGUUUUGGCCCAGUUCUCUAAUCUGUCAAGGUCACCACUGUCAAGCACCACUUUAGCUAAUGAGGCCUCGCACGGCUGCUGCGUGAUUUCUGUUCUCACCCUGAAGCAAAGUUCUUAACCCGAGGUACUAUUUCUGGGUUAGCGGAGUCUGUAACCUGAAGUGUCUGUAACCCGAGGUACCACUGUAUCAAUCUGCUGUACCAAAAGGAGAUUCCUGAGUGACUUAGUGGAACAUCCCACAGUACUAAAGCAGCCCAUGCAGAGUUAAUACUGUAAGGGACUCUGUGUUCCUCAUCAUGAGUUUCUAUUUUUUGGUGAGGGGAAAUGAAUUUUCUUCUGCAGAGUAAUGAUUAUUUUAUGCACUCUGUUUCAGUACAUGUUACUAUGGCAAUGACUGCAGGGACUCCAACUUCCUUUCCCAUGAGCAACCACACCCGGGAGAGAGUGACAGUGGCCAAGCUCACGCUGGAGAACUUUUAUAGUAACCUAAUUUUACAGCAUGAAGAAAGAGAAACCAGGUACUGGGUGUUAGAUUUCUUCUACACUUGAGUUUUCUAUGUGUGGUAGAUGUUUGGGGGGGGGUCUGUUAUUCCACCUCAAAACAUGUACACAACUCUGGCUAGCAAAUAACUUUUAACUGACCACCUAUUUUCUUGGUAUGAAUAGCUAAAAAGGUUUUGGCAGCUUUCCCUUGUGCCAUUUCAGCUGCUGUUCUGCAAAAAAGCCUCUGUUUACAUUACAGGCUUCCUCAACCUCGGCCCUCCAGAUAUUUUUGGCCUACAACUCCCAUGAUCCCUAGCUAGGUCAGGGAUGAUGGGAAUUGUAGUCUCAAAGCAUCUGGAGGGCCGAGGUUCAGGAAGCCUGGUUUACAAUGUUGAUAUUUGUGUAUCAAUGUCCUUGUUAAUUAACCCCUUGGAAAAGCAGAGGUCUCAAAAGAAGCUCUGCUUUUUAUCUAGUUGUUCAGCAAAAUGUACCUUUUUAUUUUUAGUUGGAUAUUGUUUUCCUACACCAAGUCAGUGAAGAAACAUGUUUUGCGAUACUUUGCAAGAAAGAGGAGAAGGUGGAGACAUGUAAGAUGAGAGAAGAUUGUUCUUAUGUGGUCUUGUGUCCUUCUAUUCUCUUGUGUCGGGAUUAGCAACCAGGAGGCUGGACAGUCACUUCAGGGGUUUUGCUCCUCUCCUCACCUGCCAGGGAAACACAAAAGGGACCCAAGCAGGCAAAUGAGUGUGUGAGUGGUCCUCUGGAUCUAUGUAUGUCACCCAGACUUCCCCAACCUGUUGUCCUCCAGAUGGUGUUGGACCCAAGCUCCCAUCAGUUGCAGCCAGCUUGGUGAAUGGUCAGAGAGGGUGGUAGUUGUAGUCCAACAUCUGCUGGGUGCCAAGUUGGGGAAAGAUGAGGAAGGGCAUUGGGUGAACAGUGGCAGCUUAAAAUAAACUUGUAUUCUGUACUCGACAUUUCUGUGUUCCAGUUCUUCCUGCUGAUAUGAUUUGAGGAGUGAAGUCACUCUAGUAGAGUAAAAUACAGGCUGUUCAUUUUAUAAUAUAUACACGCACCCUUUUUUUCUACCAACUUAGGCAGAAGAAACUAGAAGUGGCCAUGGAGGAGGAAGGUUUAGCAGAUGAAGAGGUAAUGUGAAUGUAAUUUAAGUUGGAAGCUUUUACAGUUUACUGUUCAGAAUUGGUGCUUAAUGAUUCACGGGUCUUCACUUGAGCUGUCUGUCUUGGAAUCACGUUGCCUAGAAAGCAAGAGUAAGACGAAGAGAACACAGGUAGGAGGGAAUAACUGCACCUUCUUUGUCACUGUGGGAAAGUAGGAUUGCUAGAUUUGGAACAGGAUAGAGUUAUUCUGUAGAAGGAGCUGCCUUUUCCUUAAGGAGGAAGAUAAUCCCAUAUAAUUGAACCAGUAUUGAUAUUUUAAUGGUUUCAAACACUUGUGGUCUCUUUUAGCAUGGCAGAUUCAGCAAGACUGCCUUUCAUUGGCAAAGAUUUUCAAACAGUUUUUAUUGGUUGGUUUGUUGUAAUUGAUUUUAGUGUUUAUACUGUGCUGCAAGUCACUGUGGUUCACUUUUAUAAAGUAGAACUAAUGAAUCAUCAUGCUCUAGCAAUCCAUUCCUUAUAGCACCACGAGAGUGGGGAUGAUUCUGCAAUAGUUUUUGCCAUUAUAUUGACCAUGCAAUUUUUUCAUAACAUAACACACAUUGGCGCUGGCUUGCGCCGACGAUUGAGAGGGCCAAUAUCACACAAUGAUGUGACACCCCACAUGCGAUGUUGUGUGACGAUGUGAUGUCACCACUGGAUAUUGAGGGGGCUUAGCAUCCUCCUUUAAAACUUUUUUUGGGGGGGGGCAGGAGCCAGUGCCCCUGAUAGCAUGCUACAAGAGAUGACUGGGAAAGUUGGGAAAUCUCACGUUGACAGAAAUGGGUAUACAGUGCCAUCUUGUGGCUGUAAAUGAUACAAGAUAAAAAACAUUGAGUUUUUAAGAGGCACCCUAUCAUAGUAGAAUCAGAGAAAUGUAGCAUUGUAAGGGAACACAAGGGUCAUCUAGUCCAACCCUCUGCAGUGAAGGAAUCUUUUGCCCAAUGUGGAGCUUGAAUCCAUGGCCCUGAGAUUAAGAGUACCAUUCUCUACCAACUGAUGUUUGUCUGUUUGCUCAUGAAAACUAUUAUUUGGCACCUUUUCUAAUAUUCGGCAGCAUGCUGAAUUUUGCAUAUCACUUAUUAACCAAUUUUCUGUUGAAGAUGGGGCUCAAAGUAGUGGCCGUGAGUGGACCUAUAGAGUUGCGUUACACAAAAGCAGACCAUUGGUCUAUCUACCUCAGUACUCUCAGUAGCAGCAGGCUCUCCAAGGUCCAAGUCCUAGCUAAGAUACCACUGCCUAUUUAACUAUUUUGACCAGGAGUGACAUGUCUUUUUGGAGUAGGUCAUUGGAGGAAAACGAGCCAUAAGCCUGGGUUUGCACAACAAGCCAUUGUGACCGAAACAGCACAGAGGUGGUGUGAGAUUAUGCACUAGCCUGCUGCAUAAUCACAUUAAAUCAUAGUUUGUUUUAAAAUAUUGCAUUUUGUUUAUGUUUGAAUAUUAAAUGUGCAAAAAAAUAUUAAUUUCACAUAUAUGCCCAUGGCAGUGACUGAUGAAGAACAAGACCUUGGGCUUGUAGAGGAUGCUCUAUGAAGAUGCUGGCCAGCGUGCAGCAGCUGUUGAAACGGCAAAUGCUAGGAGUCCUAAGGAAAGGAAUCAGAAACAAAACUGCCAGUACCAGAAUGGCAUCAUACAAAUUGAUCAUGUGAUCACACCUGGAAUAUUGUGAAUAGUUCUGGUCACUUCGCCCCACAAAGGGUAUUGUAGAGUUUGAAAAAGGUUCAGGAAAGGGCAUCCAAAAUUAUCAGGGAGAUGGAGGAACUCCCCUGUGAGGAAAGGAGACAGCAUGCACCCUCGCCGGGUGGGGGGAGUGCAGAGGGCGAACGGAGCCCACUGCGCCAGGCCAGCCCUUGCCGCCGAAGCACCACCAAUGCAGGGCUGGCUCGGGGGUGGCAGUGUGAGGAGCAGCCCUCCCCCGUGUGCCCAGGGCAAUCGCCCCGGAAGCUCCCCCUCCCCCACGCUACGUCCCUGCAGCAGACACGGGUUGUUGUUUUCUGUUUCGUGAAAAGGUGAGUUAAAAGUGCAUAAAACUAUGCGUGGCCUGGAGAAAGUGGAUAGAGAAAAGUUUUUCUCCCUUUCUUCCACUGUACAGUAGAACCUCUACUUACGACCGCCUCUACCUGGGCCUGAUCCAAGGUGCGACUGUGGCAAACCCGGAAGUAAAUACCGGGUUUGCCGUGGUUUGUGCAUGCACAGAAGUGGCUUCUGCUGUUUGUGCACACGCAAAAGUGGCAGCCGCCACCUGCACAUGCACAAUGGUGCUUCUACCAGUGACCCAGAUCGACUUACAGGCGGACCUCCCAAACUGAUUACGUCCAUAAGUAGAGGCUCCACUGUAUUGCUAGAACUCAUGAGUAUCCAGUGAAACCGAAUGUUGUAAGACUCAGGACAGACGAAAGAAACACAUGGUUAAAACUGUGGAAUUUGUGAUGACCACCAACCUGGAUGGCUAUAAAUUCAUGGAGGAAAAGGCUAUGAGUGGCUGCCAGCCAUGGUGACUGUAGUCUGCUUCCAAGGUCAGAGGCAGGGAGAAUGCUGUUGCUUGCGUGGCUUCUUUGCAGGCUUCCCAUGGGCGCCUGGUUGGCCACUGUGGAAACAGGACAAUGGACUAGAUGGGCCCCUAGCCUGACCCAGCACGGCUAUUCUUGUGUUCUUAUUUUAUGACACUUUAACCCAGGGGUCUGCAACCUGCGGCUCCGGAGCAGCAUGUGGCUUUUUUACACCUUUGCCGCGGCUCCGGGGCGGAUACUAGCGAGGGGAGGAGGCGCAUUGUGCGCCCCGACACUCCCCACUGUGGCGGGCGCUGUACUGGCUGUGACGUCGCAUGGGGGCGGUGCGUGCGUUAGUCACGCACCGUCCCGACGUCACCUUCCCGCCCACCCGCCCGCUACAUUGUAAGGGGCAUGUACGCUGGUCACUGCAUUGAAAGGGGGCAUGUACGCUGGUCACUGUUUUGAAGGGGAGUGAAGAACACACACACAAAAAAAGGUAACUUGUUAAUUUAACAUUUAUUUCUAUGAGGAGGAGUCAUUCUGAGGGGUAAAACAAAGAAAUAAUAAAAAAAAGUGACAAAAAAGUUAUUUUUAUAAUGAUGAGUUUUGCAGCUGCCAGUUUUUUUCCUUCGGAAACGGGUCCAAGUGGCUCUUUUUGUCUUAAAGGUUGCAGACUCCUGCUUUAACCACACCAAUGGGACUCACUGAGUCCUUCCUCCCUAUGGGAGGCUAUAUGGGAGGGAAUUAUAUCCCAUACUUGGUGAUAGUAGCAUUAUAAACUGAUUACCUGUUUAUACCAUUUUUGUAUGAGCUGUGGAUUUUCUCAUGCUUAAUAUAUAUUUCAGAAAAAGCUACGAAGAUCUCAGCAUGCCCGCAAAGAAACCGAAUUUCUGCGGCUGAAGAGAACAAGGCUAGGCCUCGAUGACUUUGAAUCUUUGAAAGUUAUUGGAAGAGGUGCUUUUGGAGAGGUUCGUAAUUUGUGUAUUUUCUUAGGAACUCUUUAUUUCAGGAUACCUUCCUGUCAGGAUAACUUACUGAACAAUAAUCCUGUUUAUGGUAUGCGGGGGGGGGACGGACAGACGGACGGACGGACCUUAUAAUGAGCUCAGAAUUCUUCAUUUUUUGUACUGCUCUUCCUUCCCUGGCCGGCUCUUUGAGACUUUUUUUUUUAAAAAACUCUGAUAAACAUUCAAUAAACAAUCAGUAAACUUAGGUUUCUCUUCCCUCACUCCCAAUUUUCUCAGUUCUCCUUAGAGACCUUCCUUCUAAUCUUCAUGGAUUUUAGUAGCAUUUGUUGCUCUUUGUAGCAGAGAUUAGGUGUUCAUAUAGAUUGCCUGUUACGCUCACCCUUCUUCCAGUUUUGGAAUUGCUAUUCAACCAGUUUGCUGCAUUUACCCCAGUAUUGCAAAUUUGUUAGCUUAACAGUAUGCUUUAAUAAUGGCUUAAAAAAAUUAAUCCACAGGUCCGCCUUGUUCAAAAGAAAGAUACGGGUCAUAUUUAUGCAAUGAAGAUACUAAGAAAAGCUGACAUGCUAGAGAAAGAGCAGGUAUGUCUUUUUAGUAUAUUGCAAGCACUUCAAAACCAAUAGUGAUGAUAUGCAUUGUUGUGUGCAAUAUAUAUUUGUAGUAUUGCUGAAAAAGGCCAGCUGAAAAAGGACCAUACCUAUUCCUGCAGCACAUUUGUUGCAGGUAGGAUGCAUUGCUUUUCACUAUUAGUGGAACUGAUAAGUUACUGAAAGAUUAGUUUACCUGUUUAUAGAGAAGUUGGGCAAGAUAGAAGGAUGAGUUGGCUGAGACUGAGAUUUUUGAGAUCUUCUUUGUGGUGUGGGAAGGUGGAAGACAGAUAAGGCUGCCUUUAAAACAAAACCCUGGGAAUUGUGGCUAUAUAUCCAUGCCGUACUACUCUCUUUGGAGUCUUUGGAAAAGUGUGUGCUGCAAAUCUAAAACAAAUCUAUAUUUAUAAACUUCUUGGGAAUAGUGUGAUGUGAUUCCUUAGUCAAUUUGUGUGCAAAUAUUACAUGUAUUUGCACUAAAUCCUGGACUGGAAGGAAUUGUGGCACUAUGCAACAGCUGUGUGAAGCUGUCUUGUCACAGAUUCAGCAUUGCGGAUCCAUACUUGUACAACUUAUCUCUCAAAAAAUCUGAAAAGUGUAGCUUGUUACCCAGGUGUGUUGGUGCAUCUUGGCUGGCACCCCUGGAAGUAAAGGCUGGCAUUGGCCAUUUAGGUAAGGUAAAGGACCCCUGGACGGUUACGUCCAGUCAAAGGCGACUAUGGGGUGCGGUGCUCAACUCGCUUUCAGGCCGAGGGAUCUGGCAUUUGACCAUAGACAGCUUUCUGGGUCACAUGACCAGCAUGACUAAAAUUCUUCUGGCCAUAUAACAAAACACAAAAGAGGCCAGUCCCUUUGAACACUUGAUCGGGCGUUGCAUUUUAAGAUAGAAUUAAAUACAGUGGUACCUGGGUUUACAACCAUAAUCCGUUCCGGAGGUCCGUUUGUAAACCCAAACAGGUUGUAACCCAAGGCACGCUUUCGCCAAUGGGGCCUCCCAAAAAAAUGUGUUCGUAAUCCAAACAAAAUGGGUUGUAAUCCAAAAAAAAGGUUGAAAACCGGGACACGCGCUUCCAGGUUUGACAUGUUUGUAAUCCAAGACGUAUGCAAACCAAGACGUAUGCAAACCAAGGUACCACUGUAUCUUGGGACCAUCGGCUGUGGUGAGGACUGCAGGGCCUUCUCCCUUCCAGGGCCUUUUCCAGCUGGCCCAGGCGGCGUGGCCCAGGCCCUUACUUGGAACAAACUUUUGGGGAAGUGUGGGAAGUUGUUCUGCCAUUGCUUCCUGGUUCCAAGUGGUUAAUGUGUUUAAAAUGUCCUCAAGCAGUCGGUGGCAUUUUAAAUUUUUAUUUCUCUUUUUCCUUUUUUGCUUUGUUGGGGAUGGGUGGGUGGGAUGGAUAUUUAGUUGGGAAUUAAUUUUAGUAUAAUUGUUCUGUUUUUGUUUUUAUUGUUUUAUUGGUUCUGUAUAGAUUGUGCUUUGUUUUUAAGGGGCGGAAUCAGGGCUGCCUGGGAGUGGGGCCCCAGCCGACACGAUGGCUGGGACAAGUUCCACAGGGGGGGAAGCACUGGGACAUCCGAUCUCGGUGAUCAUGGGCAGGAGGAGGAGUUACGCUAAGACCAGACGAUGUCAUUACCGAGGAGGCAGAUUUCGUCGUUGUUUGAAGACUAUCCCUGCCUCCGGGUCUGGCCUUUACCAGAUGGAUACUGGAAUCAACAGGGGAAACCCACAUGACCUGAAGGUGAAGGUGUUGCUGUGUAAUGCCAGGUCAAUGAUGAAUAAAACCACUGCCAUCCACGACCUGAUUGUGGAUGGAGGAUUUGACCCGGCAUGUGUGACAGAGACCUGGUUGGAGGAAGCAGAUGGGUCUGUCCUUGCCGCUGCUUGCCCACCAAGUUUCUCUUGCGCACAGCAACCCAGGUCAUGUGGGCGGGGAGGGGGGGUUGCAGUGAUUUUUAGGAAGUCAUUAGCUUGCAUCAGGCAUCCUACUGGGAAGACCCAGUUUUCUGAGUGCAUGUUCUGGAAGUUGGGCAAUAGGGGCAGUACAGGAUUCCUUUUGGUGUACCGACCUCACCGCUGCACCAAGGAUUCCCUGUCCGAGCUGCUUCAGGUCGUGGCAGAUGUUCUCCUGGAGACACCUAGUUUGGUUGUCCUAGGGGAUUUUAACAUCCAUGCCGACACAGCCUUACAAGGGACCGCUUGGGACUUCGUGGAAAGCAUGGCCUCCAUGGGGCUGUCCCUGAAAAAGUUUGGCCCAACUCAUAGUCAUGGAUGUGUCUUAGACCUGGUGUUCACCUCUAGUGAUGUCGGUGAUCUGACACUAAGUAAAAGUGAAACAAUAGAAGUGCCAUGGUCAGAUCACUUCCUGGUGCAACUGGACUUCUCUGCGACCCUUCCCUUCUGCAGGGAGGUGGGACCAAUUUGGAUGGUCCGCCCCCGCCACUUAAUGGAUCCAAAUGGUUUCCAGAGAGUGGUAGGGGAUGCUUUAUCCCAUGUUGAUGGCCUUUCAGCUGAUUCCCUGGUGGCCCACUGGAAUGCGGAGUUAACCAGGGCUAUCGACUGUCUAGCUCCGAAGCGCCCUCUCCGAUUGCAUGGAGCCCGGACAGCCCCGUGGUUUUCUUCGGAGCUGAGGGCGAUGAAACAAUCGCUGAGACGGCUAGAGCGUCGGUGGCAGAAAACUCACUCCGAAUCUGACCGGACACAGGUUAGAGCUCAACGUCGAGCCUACCAAGUGGCGAUAGCGACGGCAAAGAAGACUUUGUUCACCGCCUCUAUUGCAUCUGCAGAAAAUAGUAGCAGGAGACUCUUUCAGGUGGUCCGCAAUUUAACGGAACCACCUUUACCACCGGCGCCUUGUAAAGGCCCCAAGAUCUCCUGCAACGAUUUUGCAAAGUUUUUUGCAGAUAAAAUCACUCAUAUUCGGAAGGAGAUAGACACCACCGUGGGAGCAGGGCUGGGACGGGAGAGUGCUAGAGCCCUGUCUGGUCAAGUUGCACGGAAUCAAUUUCAAUCCAUUACCCCUGAGGAUGUGGACAGGCUGCUUGGACGCGUGAAACCAACCACCUGUCUCCUUGAUCCUUGCCCAUCCUGGCUAAUAAAAGCAAGCCGGGAAGGGCUGGGCGAUGGGCUCUGCAGGGUGGUGAAUGCUUCCCUCUGUGAGGGAACAUUUCCAGAUCCACUGAAAGAGGCGGUCAUUAAACCGCUUCUUAAAAAACCAUCUUUAGACCCAGCCAGUAUGGCCAACUAUCGCCCAGUCUCAAAUCUUCCAUUCUUGGGCAAGGUGAUUGAGCGAGUGGUUGCUGAACAACUCCAGGCACGCCUGGAGGAUGCGGACCAUUUGGAUCCUUUCCAAUUGGGAUUCAGGCCUCAUCAUGGGACUGAAACUGCCUUGGUCGUGCUGGUUGAUGAUCUCCGGCGAGCUAGGGACAAAGGUGAGAGCUGUUUCCUAGUUCUGCUGGAUCUCUCAGCGGCCUUUGAUACAAUCGACCAUAACAUCCUUCUGGACCGUCUAGUGGGGCUGGGAGCUGGGGGCACUGUUAUACAGUGGUUUCGCUCCUUCCUCCUGGGCCGUGUUCAGAAAGUGGUGGGGGGGGAUGAGUGUUCAGACCCCUUGGCCCUCACUUGUGGGAUGCUUCAGGGUUCCGUCCUCUCCCCCAUGCUUUUUAACAUCUAUAUGAAGCUGCUGGGAGAGAUCAUCAGGGGGUUUGGGCUGGGUGUUCAUCAGUAUGCGGAUGAUACCUAGCUCUACCUCUCUUUUAAAUUGGAACCAGCGAAGGUGGUGAAGGUCCUGUGUGAGUGCCUGGAGGCGGUUGUAGGAUGGAUGGCGGCUAAUGGAUUGAGGUUGAAUCCUGACAAGACAGAAGUACUGUUUUUGGGGGACAGGGGGCGGGCUGGUGUGGAGGACACCCUGGUCCUGAAUGGGGUAACUGUGCCCCUGAAGGACCAGGUGCGCAGCCUGGGAGUCAUUUUGGACUCACAGCUGUCCAUGGAGGCGCAGGUCAAUUCUGUAUCCAGGGCAGCUGUCUACCAACUCCACCUGGUACGCAGGCUGAGACCCUACCUGCCCACGGACUGUCUCGCCAGAGUGGUGCAUGCUCUGGUUAUCUCCCGCUUAGACUACUGCAAUGCGCUCUACGUGGGGCUACCUUUGAAGGUGACCCGGAAACUACAACUAAUCCAGAAUGCGGCAGCUAGACUGGUGACUGGGGGCGGCCGCCGAGACCACAUAACACCGGUCUUGAAAGACCUACAUUGGCUCCCAGUACGUUUCCGAGCACAAUUCAAAGUGAUGGUGUUGACCUUUAAAGCCCUAAAUGGCCUCGGCCCAGUAUACCUGAAGGAGCGUCUCCACCCCCAUCAUUCUGCCCAGACGCUGAGAUCCAGCGCCGAGGGCCUUCUGGCGGUUCCCUCAUGGCGAGAAGCAAAGCUACAGGGAACCAGGCAGAGGGCCUUCUCGGUAGUGGCGCCCGCCCUCCCAUCAGAUGUCAAAGCGAUAAACAACUACCUGACAUUCAGAAGACAUCUUAAGGCAGCCCUGUUCAGGGAAGUUUUUAAUAUGUGAUUUUAGUGUAUUUUUGGUUUCUGUGGAAGCCGCCCAGAGUAGCUGGGGAAACCCAGCCAGAUGGGCGGGGUACAAAUAAUAAAUUAUUGUUGUUGUUGUUGUUGUAUUUAAUUGUUUACUGCAAACUAUUGUUUAUCGUAUUGUUUACAUUGUUUUCUGUGAGACAGAGCGAAUUCACAUGAGCAUGUAUUGUACAUGAUCACUACGCCUUAACACAUAAAGCUUGGUUCUGCGAAACGGACCUCAAGCUUGCAAAUUGAUUGAGCUUGUCUGACAGCUGUUACCUCUGUUGUGUGUGUGCACACCCAUGUACUUACACUUUUAUAUUAUCUAGCAGUAAUGCAUUUCUGCAUUGCAUAUGAAAAUCGGUCAAUUGGUGGUUUAUGUAGGAGAAUAAUUCUUUAUGUAUUGGCUAUUGUGAACAUUCUGUUUCGUUGUGCAAUAUUCACAACUAUAGGUGGCUCAUAUACGGGCAGAAAGAGAUAUACUGGUUGAAGCAGAUGGUGCCUGGGUGGUGAAGAUGUUUUAUAGUUUUCAAGACAAACGGAAUCUCUACCUGAUCAUGGAGUUUCUACCUGGAGGUAAAUAAAUGGUCCAUGCUUCAUACCUGAAACCAGUGUCACUUGCUGGAUUGAGAGCUGGGUGGAAUCUAGACACACAUAAAAACCGCUCUGAAAUUUUUAAAUUUUUUUUAACAGCACUUUUUAAAAUACAGUGGACCUUUGGGUUACGUUACCUUCAGGUAACGUAACUUUUGGGUUGCAAAUGCAGCAAACCCGGAAGUGUAUUCUUCCGGGUUUUGCCGCAUGCACAGAAGUGGCGCCUCUACUUGCGGAUUUUUCGGGGUAUGUACGGACCCCUGGAAUGAAUUACAUUCAUAUCCAGAGGGUCUACUAGAUUGAAUUUUCCAUAAGACUCACCAUCGCCAUCUAGUGUCACAUUGUAUAUUGCACUUAAAACUCACUUAAAACGUUUUAUUUGCAGCUAUAUAGCUGAGUCCCUGGAAUGAGGAAAGUGUAUAGCUAUUCCCAAUCAUUUAAGCACAUUUAAAGGAUGAGGAAUGUUUUGUUCAAACUGGCUUUUAUUCUGUGACGUAAUGUAACAAUACAAACACAGUUAUUAAUUGUUUUAAAAAAUCAAGAGAAGGCUUAAGUGUAUAUGCAAGUGACUACAUAAAAUGUUUGGAGUCCCCCCAAUAUUUCAUGAAAGAGCCUUCAUCACUCGGCUCUGAACUGCUGAGUUUCGAAAAUACUUAUUGGAACUGAUUGAGCUUGUGCCUUUGUAAAUAUUUGGACUACCAAAGCCUAUUUGUAAAAUCCUAUAAUAUAUAUUUCUCCUUGAUUCAGGAGAUAUGAUGACAUUAUUAAUGAAGAAGGAUACUUUAUCGGAGGAAGAAACACAGUUUUACAUAUCUGAAACUGUGCUGGCCAUUGAUGCAAUUCACCAGCUGGGUUUUAUUCACAGAGAUAUUAAGCCAGAUAAUCUUCUCCUGGAUGCAAAGGUAUAAGAUGAUUUUACAUCUCCUGUACUUUUCUGUCUUUGUUCUGACAUUGGGUAUUUGCAGCAUGCAAAGGCUGAAGGGAAUGGUAGAAAGCCAUUCUUCUUGUCCUUCACGAUACGUUUAUGCCAUGGAUGGGGAAUACUUUUCAGCUCAAUGGAUGUGUCCCUUCUAAGCAACCUCAAAAGGGAAGGGGAGUUAUUGUUUUACUUAUUUACUUGUGUUUUUAUCUUGUAUUUUAUUCUGUAAACCUCCCUGAGAUCCUAUUAUGAAAGGUGGUAUAUAAAUUUAAUAAACAACAACUUUCCAAGGCCCAAAUGCCAGGGAUGGGUGAGGCCAGAGGCAGAAGCAGGCAGAGCAGCAAGUGUAAAUUUUACCUUUGUACAAUAAGCUAGUUUCUUCACACACUAGCGUACCCUCUCUAUCCUCCAUCCAGACAUGCAAGAGACACCAGAGUUCAAGGACACACUCCAGCCUGGCAAAAACACACUCUUAUGCGAAGCAGGACCAGUAAGGGGUGUCAGCUGGGGAGAGUUCAGUUGGCCAGAUAGAGGCCUGAAGGUCUGCAUUCAGACUCCAGUUUGCAGGAUACCUGCUCCUGGUACAUGCAAAGGUGUCAGAGGAAAGGAGUUGGAAAACAGGCUCCUCUCAACCGGAACAAUGCAAUGCUGUUGACUGAAAGUCAUUUUUUCUUUUCAAAAUAUGUGCCUUUUCCUUUGUUGAAAUUCACUUCUAGUUUUGGGCAUUUUAAGUAUGGACUUGCAAGGACUUGCAAGCUUUCAAAGGAUUUUCGGUAGUCCAGCACCUAAACUCUCGUAAUGUUUUCUUUCCAUAGGGGCAUGUAAAACUCUCUGAUUUUGGACUCUGCACAGGUUUAAAGAAAGCUCACAGAACUGAAUUCUACAGAAAUCUUACACACAAUCCACCAAGUGACUUCUGUAAGUACAGCCUGUUGUAUCUUACAAGUAUUAAACUACUCUGCACUCCCUCAGAGGCAUUGAUAGGUACAUCGUACAGGUUAGGCAUUAUAUAAGUGCAUUAUUCCUUUUGCCAGAACUCCUUUUUGAAUGAGAACAGUGCCAAGUUCAUACUUCUUUGCUGUGGUUGGGGUUCUAAAGAAACCUUUGGUCACUUGCUCCAGCAGCUGCCAUUUUUGCCUGGCCAGGUGAUAUUAGCUGCUGCUGGAGAAAAUGAACAAUGGUGGCUUGGGAAAAUAGAGCUGCAGAGAGUAAGUGGUGUGAGUUGGCAGUAGCAUUGUUUUAGUAGUCGUCCUCCUUUCCAAGACUGGGGGGACAGUAAACCAGGUGUUGCCGAAAGGUUCUCUUGUUGCCCUGAUAACUAUUCAAAACUUUGGUAGAUAAUGUCAGCAUCCUUCGGGGUCGAGAUGCCUGCUGGCUAGCCCCCAGCUGGAUCAUGCCCUUCCAGCUGUGACGAUCCCCCGAUCUCUGGUGCGACGUAAAUCAGCUACUCAGACUUCAAAAGCCUGAGCAGGCUAUAUUAGCAAAGCAUACAGUGGUACCUCAGGUUACAUACGCUUCAGGUUACAGACUCUGCUAACCCAGAAAUAGUACCUCGGGUUACAAACUUUGCUUCAGGAUGAGAACAGAAAUUGUGCUCCGGUGGCACGGCGGCAGCAGGAGGCCCCAUUAGCUAAAGUGGUGCUUCAGGUUAAGAACAGUUUCAGGUUAAGAAUGGACCUCUGGAAUGAAUUAAGUUCUUAACCCGAGGUACCACUGUACUGCGCAAACAGAACAGGCGUGAGGCUUGUGGAAACAUACUAAGAGCUAAAGAUUUAUUAAGCAUAAAUCAGGACAAAGAAAACAUGUUGUCUCCCUUUCUUCUCCUCAGAGAGAGAGAAAAGCAAAAGCUAUACACAAAUGGAAGUUCCCAGCAGACUGUGCUGGAUGUAAACAGACAUGUGACACGCAACAAUCCCAUGUCUGCUCUUUAAGGUGGAAUGGAAUUUUCCAACAGAUAAGAGCCUCUCCCCUCUCCAAAUUAGAUAUAUAUAUUUGAAACAAGGCCAUGUAAAUUCAGCCUGGUCUACACAUGGCAGCAAAAUGUGAUAGAAUAGACUACCAUUUUUCAAAGUUCCUUUUUUUAGUUCUGUAAGUUAAAACACACGGAGAUAAACUAGCAUAUGUUCAUACUCAACCUUCUCCUAACUCUCACUACUAUGUGCCUACUUUUUGUUUGCAGGUGUUGUUGUUGUUUAAAAAAACACAUACACAUUGGCAAGCAUUAAAAAAUGGCACCCCCACCUGCAGUUUGAAGUGGUAUGGCCUAUUCAGGUGCCUAAUUUUACCAGUGCAGUUUCAGUAUUAAACUAUGCUAACGUAGCUCCCAUUGUACAGAGGUAACAUUGGGAUUGUGCCCUAUCUGAAUUUUUCUUGUGCUGGUAAAAUUGAAUGCAAUAAUUUAUAUUUUUGCAAAUUAGCAUUUCAGAACAUGAACUCGAAGAGAAAAGCAGAAACGUGGAAAAAGAAUAGGCGACAGCUGGUAAGUACAGUUUUUGGUGAGCUUUGAGUGCUUUCUGCAAAGUUUUUCAGCAUGAUGGCCUUCUGCUGAAAAAUUCAUGCUUCAGCAACCUCUACUUGUCACCCAAUCUCCUCAAGCAACUAAAAGGCUGUUAUUAGAUGACAGGUGAAUGCUUAUACAUUAUUAUAACUCAAGUUAAUAAGACUGCCAGAGUAUUGACUAAAACUUUUUCUUAAAAUCAUCUUGCUUUUAGGCAUACUCUACUGUUGGGACCCCAGAUUAUAUUGCUCCAGAAGUUUUCAUGCAAACGGGUUACAACAAAUUAUGUGACUGGUGGUCUUUGGGAGUGAUUAUGUAUGAAAUGCUAAUAGGUAAGAAUUAUUGACCCCGUUCAUCUUUUUGUCCCUUUUCCAAUGAGAAUAACACUUUCUCUGAGCGUUUUGUUGAGAGAGCCAAGGAUUGACUUGCAGGUUUAUAUUCAGUCCUGCGUCUUCUUUCCUGUAAUUUAGUCUAAAUCUGACAUUCAAAUCAGUACAACAUUUUUAAUGAUUUCCCCUCCCCCCCAUUUCUUCAGGUUAUCCCCCUUUCUGCUCUGAAACACCUCAAGAAACGUAUAGGAAAGUUAUGAAUUGGAAAGAGACUCUAGUAUUUCCACCUGAGGUGCCCAUUUCAGAAAAAGCCAAGGACUUAAUUCUAAAGUGAGUUGAUGCUUCUGUUUUCUUCCACUACCCUUUUCCUGCUUGUGGAACAAACACAAUGAUGCACAGCUUUGUUAGCACUGAGCAUGCAAUGUAGAGCCCUUUGGUCAUUGCCUUACCACUGUGGGAGCCUCUGCCAUGUACAUAGGUGCUCUCCAGAACAGUAUUGCUCUUCUCACAAACGUGGAUGAUAGAGUGGGAGGUAAGUGAUUUGGAAGCCUUCUCCCCUGAAUUCAGGCUUCCAGUGUUAAGUCAGUGGGGCAUGAAGCUCCCACAACACUGGCAUUAUGUCAGAAAGCACCCCUAAUAAAGCCCAAUAAAAUCUGCUUUGUUAAUCCAUGUUUUGAAGUAAGUGAAGUCCAAAAAAUUGUAAGCUGUUGAAGUUAUUGUGGAAAAUCACUCCUGAAAUUAGGAGCAGAAGCAAGAUUCUGCAGGAAAGAUCCUUACAAUAAGUUAAGGCAAAACCUUUAAUUGGCGGUGUCCAGUUGCGUAAUGUGGGCAAGAUAGUAGGACUAGCUGAUCCAGUUUAGCAAUGUAGAUGUCAGUGUUUUAAGCAUUUUUACCCUGCUCUUCAGCCAAUAAAGGCUCAGCUUGCAUAAGAUUAAGAACGAACGAGAAGCAAGACAGUCCCUGCCUGCAGGCUUGCAAUCUAAAAGUCAUGACUCAAAAGGAAAAAGCAUUGGAAAAGGAAGAGGAAAACAAGUGAACUCAGACACGACUUCUUAGAGUUUUUUUCAGUGCUUGAGUGGAAGCAGUUCAGAGAGAGGAGGAUGCCAACGAAGCAGAUCUCAGCAGAGCCUUGUUGUUCCAUUUCUCCCUCUGCUGCAGCCAGAUAUAGCCUAAAUAUUUUGAGCCCGCAUGCUGCUGAGUAACUUCUUGGUUCUGUUUAUUAAAAAAUGGUCAUCCUUGUUCUUCUUUAGCAAAAACAGCUCUUCAGUUCUUGCACAUUAAUAGAGUUGAAGAUACAGGAGGGGUUUAAAGGUGAUUUCAGUGCAGGAAGGAAUGCAAAACUUAAUACUCCAAACUUAAUACUUCAUGGACCUUUGUUUAUGCUUGUAUUUUUACAUUUGACAUAUAGUUGUGUCAUAUCCACAUAUCUUACCUCACUAUUGUGUUUCAGCUGAGGAGGUAAUGCACUUUCCCUGCAUUCAACUUGUAAUAUUUUUACCCAGGAACAGUGCUAUUCUUCCCCCACACCACAUACACUGCCUCUCUGAGAGUGCAUUGACUUCUCUUAGGAUUGGAGGCUGUGUACUCCAGCUUUAUGGAGCACCACUGCAAGCUGAAACUGACUUAGCACGAAGGCAAAAUCUGGAGUUGUGUUGGUGGGUAAGUAGUAGGUAGGUGGGUGGGAUGUAGCUGUAGUAUUAGUAGUAGCAGUGCUCUACUGCCCUGCUGCUGCUGUUGCCCACCAUUUUUUUUGUUUUGUUUUUGGGGUGCUAGUUUAAUACUAUUUUCAGCCCUGAGUAGACUGUCACUCCCUGGGAUUUAUUGUAUGUAUGAAUGCAUGACUGAUUUACAGUGGAUCUUCCUGGCAGUAACUGUAGUACAGUUGGUUGUUUAUUCCUAUAUGCAACUGUAUGGCUGAUUUUAGUUGGAAUGGCUUUCACCAGGCUUACAGCAAAAUGUGGUGUUGUAGUGAAGCUGGUCCAGCCUGCCUCUCAUUUUUCCCAGCAACAGGAGUUGUAAGGGAGAGGCAGUGGGGCUAUUUGUGUUCUAGCACACACUCAGUUGGGGGGGAGGGGGACAGCACUUCUGUCAGGGUCUAGCACAGCCUGAUGAAAAACAUCUUCCUGCUCAUGACUGUGCUUGGUAUGUAAUGCUGCUCUUCACUGUUUCACUGUUCUAGAGUUGUCUUCACAGCCCAUUUCUCUUGGCUCCUAGGAAUUGUAUUUGGCACUUUCCUUUGUCAGUCCAAGGGGGUCCCUCUAGCCCCGGGUGGGGGGCAAAAUAUUGGAUCCCCACUCUCUGGAGCUGGCCAUUUUUAGAAUUGUUUUCUGCCCACUUUUAAUUAGAAGAGGAUUGUUUUUAGUCCAUUGUUGCAUUGAAUAGUCAAUAUUAAUGGGACUGACUUGCCAGACUGUUUGUUUGUUUGUUUGCUUACCUAUCUGAACUUGCUGCAUGCUGGUAUGUAAGGUAGUUUGCUUCAAUGCUAGAAAUUUACAAGGUAUUUUUGUUGCUUAGUCGACUUAGUCGUGUUCGACUCUCCAUGACCCCAUGAACCAGAGCAUGCCUUGGAAACUCUCACUUUCUUCUCAAAGCUUCUCCUUUUUUUAUGUCUGGAGUUUUCUUGGCAAAAUACUGGAGUAGUUUGCCAGUUCCUUCUCCAGGUGAAUCACAUUUAGUCUAAACUCUCGGCUAUGACCUGUCCGUCUAUGACCUGUCAUAGCUUCUCUGAGUUAUUCAAGCCCCUUCGCCACGACAAGGCAGGGAUCCAUGAAGGAGAGUCCAUAUUUUAAGAUUAUACAAAUGGGCUUCUGCAUCAAGCUGUGACUGUGGGGAGCCACUUGCCUGAGAUAAGAGAAGACUCAAAUGGGGAAUGACAAAGACACACACCCCUACCCCCCCCAUUGGUAUCAGAGGAGAAAAUUAGCUACGGAGAUAAAUUUUGCCCCUUUCCUGGUUCAGAAGGAAUUGAAGGACUCCUUUCAGGCAGGUUAAGGGGCGAGACACAGGCGGCAUUGUUGCAGACUCCAGUGGAGGCAACACAGAAGCGGCUUACUUUCUAUCAAAAUGGACUAAUUGGAAAUGAAAUAAAAGGUGCCCUGCCAGAAAUGGUGAGUUGGUAGAUGCAGGGGAAAGUCUGUUCGUCUAACUAUUGGAAGGAAGAGAGAAUGAAAUUGCUGCCAUGUGAAAGAAGGGGAGGAGUGGACUGUGCAUCAAAGUUAUGAAGUCAUUGAGAAAUUCCUACCUUCCCUGUUGUCAGCUGAAUAAAGAGCAACAAAAUUAAAAUGGAAUAAGGAGUAACAAAACCAAAGAACAUCUGAAUAUAAUGUGACUUUAUACUGUAAAAUUGGAAGUACUUUGCUAGUAACAGUACAACGGGAGAGUUCCAGUGGAAGAGGAAUGUGAACAUAAACCUGUUGUGUCCCGUUGAAUGAGAACUGCAAAAUGGAAUCUGACCUGGAAGGACUGGUGGGUUUGAACUACCAAAACUAAAAACCUCCAGAACCAAGCAGUUUUAUAGAGAAGAAUGUUGGUGAUGAUCAAAAUGUAAGAACCACUGGGAGCAGUGAUGCUAACUUAGAAAGUAACUAACAAAGAAGAUUCCCAAAACGCUAACAACAGCUGAGACAAAGGUUCCAAAGAGGAUGAAAUAACUGCCCCCAGGUGCUUAUAGGUGCAGCAAUGGAACGAAAGGUGGGGAGAGAAUGUGAAUUAAAGAUGGAUUUUAAAAGUAAAAGAAUAUGAGGACAGCAACGUAAGGGAUGAAGACAAGCAAUUUUUGUAAGAGUUCAGUUCUUUUUUGGACUAUCUGGAGAAACAUUAUAGAUAAAUGAAACCGUGAGCAGGAUUUGAGGUUCAAGCAACGAAAGAAAGAUGAUAAUAAUUUUAUCAAAGUUUUGUAAUACAUUAUUUGUAUAAUGCAGCAGUAAAGGGAAGGAAGUAAAAACACCAUGGAGGUAAGGAUGGGUAGUCACUCUCUAAGGAUAUAUUAAAUUGGAAAUUAAUUUGUAAUUUUUAUAGUUAAUUUGAGUUUGGUUAACUUUGUUAAUCUGUUGAUUUUUAUUUUUAUUUUGAAAAUUUAGUAAAAAUUAGAGAUUAUGAAAAUGGAGUGUCUGAUUAGUAGCUUACUAAAAGCAGGCACAUCUCCUAAGGUGCACAGGAAUCUCCAGGAACAGAUAGAAACCAGCCUCCUGCAAGGCUGCCUUGGGCACAGUCUGCGCAUUGUCCUCGUAGUUCAGCACAGUCUGCUUUUGAGAUCCUUUAAAUAAUCUCAUUCAGGGACUGAAAAGGGGAUCUCAAGAUGUACAAAGCCUGUGAUCUACCAUUUGGCUAUAGUCAGUGAUCGUGCAGUUCCUUUAUAAUUAUCCCCAUAGCCUGUUCAAAUUGCACCUCAGAACUUCCUAACUCUGCCACUCCGGCAAUGUAGCUGAUCACCACAAGGAUUUUUUCCAGGCCUUACUUUCCCCGCGCCCUUGUAUUAAAAAAAACCAAAAAGCCACUAUGAAUUCCCAUAACCCUGAAUCAGCCCUGGGUGUGUUACGAGGUAAAGGCACAAUUAUCUAGUUGGUUUAAGGAAUUUGGUGUAUGUCAGUAUCUAAAGAAAUUUAAGCUUUAAGACUUUUUAAAAUUUGCCGUGCAAUUAAAUUGAAAUAAGAGGAACAGAACCAUUGAGUAUUGGGAUGAAAUGCUCCAAAAUGCUUGUAUGUUUUUAUUUUACUUAUAUAAAUUAUUUAUAUUUUAAAUAUUUAUCAGCAGUUCUUCAGUCAUUGCUUUUGGAGCAUCUUACAGAAUAAAGCUAAAAUGGCAAAAAGUGGGAAGGCAGUUAAAAGAAUCUAGUGUAAAAUAAUCACAAAACUAAAAAGUUGUAAUAGUUUGAGCUAUGAUCUUGGAAAUUUUUAGUUCAAUGACAUUUCUGCAACCCACAAUGUAACCUUAGGAAAACCAGUUACUUGUUUGCAUAGCAUUCUUCCUGUACCCCUUCAGUUUUAUACGUUAAUAAAAUGUUAAAUGUUAUAUGUUAAAAUAGAAUGGUAGCAGUGAUAAAAUCUACAUUCUUAUUUGUUAAAAGCACAGGUAAAUAAGAUUUUAAACUUGGUAUAUCAUCUCUCUGCCUUAGUUCUGUGCUGGGAAUAUAGAGAUAACGCUGACUUAACUUACAGGGUUGCUAUAUGGGUCAAUAGCUUUUGUGUUUUGAAAAAAAUGGAAAUGUACACUAUAAUCCUAAAUGUUGGCAUUAGGUUGUGAUUCUUACUAGCCCAUUAUCAGAUUUAUUUGUUGGAUUUUAGCCAAUAGAAAGUUGUCUAUGUUCUGUUUUGGUUACUCUUUUUCCCAUAGGGAUAGCAAGAGGGGUGUUGUGCCCAUCUCUUGUUGUUUGUCUAUGCAGCCCAAAGUCCUCUGGUAA